CCCACUCUCGAAGGAACAAAAACUCUCAAAUCCAUCUCAGAGCCCAGAAAAACAGAGGGGUUUCUAAAGAAGGCGUCUUGAUAAACGCCUUCGUCUAAAAUUUUCCCUUUGAAAUUCCUCACUUUCUUUCUUUCUUUCUGAACCGUUCAUUUUCAAAUUUUCUUUGUUUCUCUUCGUGUUUCAAUCUGCGAAAAUGAGAGAGUGCAUUUCGAUCCACAUCGGUCAGGCCGGUAUCCAGGUCGGCAAUGCCUGCUGGGAACUUUACUGCCUCGAGCACGGUAUCCAGCCUGAUGGCCAAAUGCCUAGUGACAAGACUGUUGGCGGAGGAGACGAUGCCUUCAACACCUUUUUCAGUGAAACUGGUGCAGGGAAGCACGUCCCUCGCGCUGUUUUUGUUGAUCUUGAGCCCACUGUCAUUGAUGAAGUGAGGACCGGAACUUACCGCCAGCUCUUCCACCCAGAACAGCUCAUCAGUGGCAAGGAAGAUGCUGCCAACAACUUUGCCCGUGGCCACUAUACCAUUGGUAAGGAGAUUGUUGAUCUCUGCUUGGACCGCAUCCGUAAGCUUGCUGACAACUGUACCGGCCUUCAAGGAUUCCUUGUCUUCAAUGCUGUUGGUGGUGGCACAGGUUCUGGUCUUGGAUCCCUUCUGUUGGAGCGUUUGUCAGUUGAUUAUGGCAAGAAAUCAAAGCUGGGUUUCACAGUUUACCCCUCACCACAAGUCUCAACCUCUGUUGUGGAGCCCUAUAACAGUGUUCUCUCAACCCAUUCCCUCCUGGAGCACACUGAUGUUGCUGUACUUCUUGACAACGAGGCCAUUUAUGAUAUUUGCAGGCGCUCCCUUGACAUUGAGAGACCCACUUACACCAACCUCAACCGUCUUGUCUCUCAGGUUAUUUCCUCCCUGACUGCCUCUUUGAGGUUUGAUGGUGCCCUCAAUGUGGAUGUGACAGAAUUCCAAACCAACUUGGUCCCCUAUCCCAGGAUCCACUUUAUGCUUUCAUCCUAUGCACCUGUCAUAUCUGCUGAGAAGGCCUACCAUGAGCAACUCUCCGUUGCUGAGAUCACAAACAGUGCCUUUGAGCCCUCAUCUAUGAUGGCCAAGUGUGAUCCUCGCCAUGGCAAAUAUAUGGCAUGCUGCCUGAUGUACCGUGGUGAUGUGGUGCCCAAGGAUGUGAAUGCUGCUGUUGCCACCAUCAAGACCAAGCGCACCAUCCAAUUUGUUGAUUGGUGCCCAACUGGUUUCAAGUGUGGUAUUAACUACCAGCCACCCACCGUUGUUCCUGGAGGUGACCUUGCCAAGGUACAGAGGGCUGUCUGCAUGAUCUCAAACUCUACAAGUGUGGCAGAGGUGAAGGAGAGUUUUCCGAAGCCCGUGAGGAUCUUGCUGCCCUUGAGAAGGAUUACGAAGAAGUUGGUGCAGAGUCUGCUGAGGGCGAAGAUGAUGAAGGGGAGGAGUACUAAAUGA